AUGGCUCUCCUCUCUCCAUCCUUCAUAUUUUCUACCUUCUUUUAUUCCAUCCUUUUCUCCUCUUCUGUUUUUGCUGGUAACAAUACCCAAAAAGGCAUCCAAGAACACUUCUCUGCGUUGCUCCAUCUCAAGCAUGGCUUCAAUUUCUCUGAAAAAGCCUCCACUAACCUCUCCUCAUGGGAUUUAAACGAUACAGAUUGCUGCGUUUGGGGAGGCAUUGGUUGCGAUGGAGACAAUAGUCAUGUGAUCAGCAUCGACCUCAGCAACCGUCGGAUCUCAGGUCGGAUUGAUUUUGAAAGCCUUUUUCGUCUUCAGAGCCUGCAGAGUCUCAACCUUGCUAGCAAUUACUUUAAUCCCUCUCCAUUCUCUCCUGGGUUUAACCAAAACCUCUCGAGUCUGAGAGAACUGUCUCUCGACUGGAUAAACAUCUCAAUGCAGGGUAGUGAGUGGGUCCAGGCCUUAUUCUUGUCAGUCCCUCAUCUCCGCGACUUGAGCUUACGUUAUUGUGGUCUUUCAGGCCCCAUCCAUUCUUCCCUUUCCAAACUCCAUUUUUUAAAAUCUAAACUAGACCUCAGUAACAACAAUCUGUCAGGAUCAUUACCAUCAUUCCUUGUGAACCUGAGCAAACUAGAGUACUUGGAUCUUUCAUUCAAUAGUUUCAGCGGCCCAAUUCCUUCUUCCUAUGGAAACGAGUUUCGUAACAAGCUGGGUGGUGGGCUUGAUGUUAUACACAAUGCCUCUUCUUCACAGCUGGAGUACAUUUAUUUGGGUAACAACUACUUACAGGGAAUGGUGAGCUUUAUCUUUAAACUUGUGAAGCUUUCUUCCAUUUCCCUUCCUUUCAACAAUUUCAGUGGUGUUGUGGAGGUUGGUUCAUUUCAAACGCUCAAGAGCCUCUUCUCUCUAUCUUUCCGAUAA